AUUAAAUUUUCCAUAUUCCGGCCUCCUUCCACCGAAAGAGGCGCAGCGUUUCUCGGAGGGGGCGGGGCGAUUCUUCCUGCAGGGCGGCGAGGGAUACCGAGAUGGCGAAGGCGGCGGAGGUCGGAGCGGAGAAGGCCGAUCGCGCGAAGGGGAGCGGGCGGAGAUGGAGCUCGUGCGCGGUGCUCGCUCCGCUGGUCUCGGUGCUGAUCGCCGCCGCGGUGUCUUCCAGGAAUUCCGCCAGCAUCGUCGCCCUCCUCACCGAUCGCUCCUGUCGCUGCCCGCAGGAAGUGCAGCAGAAGUAUACUGGCGUUGUUGAGGACUGUUGCUGCGAGUAUGAGACGGUGGAUAGUCUAAAUGGAGAGGUUUUGCAUCCUCUGCUACGGGAGCUUGUUAGAACUCCUUUUUUCAGAUACUUUAAGGUGAAACUUUGGUGUGACUGCCCUUUCUGGCCUGAUGAUGGUAUGUGCCGCUUGCGAGAUUGCAGUGUUUGUGAAUGCCCAGAAAAUGAAUUUCCUGAGCCUUUUCGGAACUCCUUGAAGCACAAUCUCCCAUCUGACAAUUUACAGUGUCAAGAGGGAAAGCCACAAGCCAUUGUUGACCGCACAUUGGAUAGUAGAACUUUUAGAGGAUGGAUCGAAGCAGAUAACCCCUGGACUAGUGAUGAUGAAACAGAUAAUAGUGAGAUGACAUAUGUUAACCUUCUCCUAAACCCAGAGCGUUACACCGGCUAUACAGGUCCAUCAGCUAGAAGGAUAUGGGAUGCAAUUUACUCAGAGAAUUGUCCAAAGUAUACUUCAGGAGAGGUUUGUCAGGAAAAAAAGGUGUUAUACAAAUUGAUCUCUGGUCUUCACUCCUCGAUAUCAAUCCACAUAGCUGCUGAUUACCUCCUAGAUGAAGCUGCAAAUAUGUGGGGUGAAAAUCUGGAUGUGAUGUAUGAUCGUGUUGUGCGGUAUCCUGAUCGUGUUGGAAACUUGUAUUUCACAUUCCUUUUUGUUCUUCGUGCUGUGACUAAGGCAGCUAAUUUUCUGGAGGUGGCAGAGUAUGAUACUGGUAAUCCUGCCAAGGAUGCCAGCACGUUAGUUUUAAUGAAACAGUUGCUUUAUAAUCCCAAACUACAAGCUGCUUGUCCUCUUCCGUUUGACGAGGCUAAGCUGUGGAAGGGUAAAAGUGAACCUCAAUUGAGGCAGACACUUCAGAGGCAGUUCAGAAAUAUUAGUGCGUUGAUGGAUUGUGUGGGCUGUGAGAAGUGUCGACUGUGGGGAAAGCUUCAGGUUCUUGGCCUUGGAACUGCAUUAAAGAUCCUCUUCUCGGUUGACAGUCAAAACCAACCGGAUACAUCAGUGCAAUUGCAAAGAAAUGAAGUGAUAGCUCUUGUAAAUCUGCUCAAUCGGCUCUCCGAAUCUGUCCAAUUUGUCCAUGAAAGGGGGAUGUUGUCAGAGAAGCUUGGGAAAGUGCAGCAUUCUGAUCCAGCUGCACAUGACAUGACCAAAUGGCAUGGAUUAUGGAAAUUAAUUCCGAGGGGCUGGUACUCCAUAUUCUCUUGAUCUUUCUCGUCCAGCAUUGGACAGUGUCUAGUGUCGAUUGAUAUUGACCAUCUUGUUGUCCAAACCCCCCUUCCGAUUCAAAUACAAGCAGGAGAAUUCAAGAGCAAAAACUGAGACACAGAGAAAAUAUAGGACGAUCACUAGGAUAGCGAAAGCUGAUGUAGCAAUGUACAGUCUCUUUGACGGCCCAUUACUGCGAGAGCUGAGCGAUUGAGUAGAUUUUCUGUUUGAAAUAAAAUGCAAGAUCGAAAGCCAAUUUUCAAGUGUAGCCUCAUUGAUUUUUCAGAUUUUGCCGCUGAAUUUAAAUGGCUAUUGAUC